UCAACGUUAGAAAUAUAAAAAGCAAUGUCCUAUAGCACGAGUUAAAGAGCAGUAAUGCAGUAUUUGAGUGUGUAAAAUGUUAAGGUUAAUAAUUCGUUUGAGUGCAUUGUCUAUAGGUUUAAGCUAUGCCACAAUUAGUUGUCAGAAAAUGCAACAAUCGCAGCUGGCGUCUAUCAACGAACGGAUAAACCAAAUGCUGGAUUCUCUAUACACACCACCGUUCCUCUCGAAAACUAAAUCAACUUCGGCGACAACAGCACCAGCGUCGACCGAGGCACCUACGACUCCUACAUGUGAAUCAGCGUCGUACCCUUAUCGUACACCGUACCCUGCAUCUGCGUCAACUCCUCAAGUGAUAUACAUGCCGCCUCCCCCAGCGCCGUCCAUGCCAUGGAACAUGGAAGCUGCCUUACAGCCUACAGACUACUCAUAUCCAGCCUCGAAUCUAUUCCCUCGAGCAGUUUGUCCAACGCCGUAUUUUUAUGGAAAUUAUCCCCCACCUCCCUAUUCGCCAGUCGCUUAUCCUCCCUACCCGUAUCCAUAUCCAAUGAAGCCUAAUGAUUAUAAUUAUCAUCCCGAGUAUGCUGUGUCAGCAUAUCCGCCAGUACCGGGAUAUCCAUCGAUGACGGCUCCUCCACCAUACCUGCCUCCUAUAGGGUCGCCACCACCGCCGUAUCAUCCCCCUUUACCAUCGCCACCACCUCCUUACAGUGCAUCCUCCCCUUAUCCGCCACUUAGUCCGUCUAUACCAAGUUAUCCGACAAUGCCUUAUCCAAAACCACUAGAGAUGCCUCAACAAUAUCAGCCCGUGUGAGACUACGAAUAAGUUUCUAUUUUAUGUAAGGAAAUAAUUUAUUAAUAAUUUAUUGAUUUUAAUUUAUAUUCGAGUGUAUAUACAUAUUUUUAAGUUAUUU